CAGGCGGUUCUGUGGGGCCGCGGGACUCGUUCUGGGCGGGGACGGGCCGGCUUGGCCGGGUCUGCUCGGUCCCCUGCCGGCCUCUCGGGUAUUGGGUCCAUCAGCAUUCCGCUCGGGGGUUUUGCAGCUGCUGGGCAGGAUAACAGUUUUCCUGUCGGUACGGUGCGCUCUGGUUUCCGAAUCGGCUUCAUAUCCCCUGUCUCGGAUGAGCUUCAGCCCUCGGUGGGGUGGAUUGAAGUCCUUGAUGAUUAUCCUUUUUUAUUUUAUUUUAUUUUUAUUUUACAGAUUCGGGGACUAAGGCUCGUUGAGGCACAGUGAAUUGCCCAAGGCCCCGCAGAUAGCAAGUUGCAUCAUUGUGACAUUUUGAUCCAGAUUAUUGAUGGGGCUGAUUUCCUAGAAGUUUUGCUAACUGGUAGACAGCAGUGGUGUAUCUAGGGAAUGCGAAUGAGCAGCUGCCUGGAGGAGUGAAUCACACAGCAAAAGAGGAAAGUAUCUUUAACUCCUAGUCUUCUGAGUAUCAUAGAUUGGAAACGUAGAAAACCAGAAGUUUGUGCAGAUCUGAGGACCCCAGAGACUUCCCUCCAGAGUGCACAAUCCUUUGUUUUCUUAUGCCCCAAAACAUGGGACUGUAAACAUGCAUCAGGGCCAGUGAAUGAGAGUUAACUUCUCCGAAAUAUACUAGCAUUCAGAAAGCUAAUGUUUGCUGCUUUCCUAUUUUAUACAGGUAGUAAGCAUUAAUAAUGUCUUUCAUCUUUGAGUGGCUCUACAAUGGCUUCAGCAGUGUGCUCCAGUUCCUAGGACUCUACAAGAAAUCUGGAAAACUUGUAUUCUUGGGUUUAGACAAUGCAGGCAAAACCACUCUUCUACACAUGCUCAAAGAUGACAGAUUGGGCCAACAUGUUCCAACAUUACAUCCGACAUCAGAAGAGCUGACAAUUGCUGGAAUGACUUUUACAACUUUUGAUCUUGGUGGGCAUGAACAAGCCCGUCGAGUUUGGAAAAAUUAUCUCCCCGCAAUUAAUGGGAUUGUCUUUCUGGUGGACUGUGCAGAUCAUCCUCGACUCAUGGAAUCCAAAGUUGAGCUUAAUGCUUUAAUGACUGAUGAAACAAUAUCCAACGUGCCAAUCCUUAUCUUGGGUAACAAAAUUGACAGAACAGAUGCAAUCAGUGAAGAAAAACUGCGUGAGAUAUUUGGGCUUUAUGGACAGACCACAGGAAAGGGGAAUGUGACCCUGAAGGAGCUGAAUGCCCGCCCUAUGGAAGUGUUCAUGUGCAGUGUGCUCAAGAGGCAAGGCUAUGGCGAGGGCUUCCGUUGGCUCUCCCAGUAUAUUGACUGAUGUUUGGACAGUGAAAAUAAAAGAGUUUUACUUCUCUGGA